UCUGUUCCCACUGUAAUUUCAUUAUCGCCACUGUCUUCUCAAGCUCAAGCUUCAACCCACUUCCUCCUUCCUCCGAUCCCCUUGCCAGUGAAGUGAGAGGUUAAAACUCAUGGACUUCGAUUUCAGGGCCUCUGCAAUCUACGCUGCCCAACAUCUCUCUGCCGUCCAAGCUGCUUGCCUUCACUCUGAGAUAUGCCAAACCACAGAUAAUUAUAUGGCAUUUUAUGACUCGGAUGGAGAGGAUGAUGCCCGAUCAUAUUUUCCUUGCCCUUUCUGUUGUUUGGAAAUUGAAGUUCCAGUUCUCUGUAGCCAUUUGCAAGAGGAGCAUUGCUUUGACCUAAAAAGUGCUGUUUGUCCUCUGUGUGCAGCAAAUUUAGGGAAGGAUGCGAUCAGACAUUUCAUGGUAGAACAUUCAAGCUCUCUGAAGAGAAGGUGGAAAUCUGAGAAAUCCAGCAUCUGGUCUGGUAAUUCAGCUAUGCUUCAAAAGAAACUGGCUGCAAAUACCAGGGGAAACAAACAUGAAUCAACACCUGAUCCACUUUUGUCACCAUUUAUCUGCAACGUAGCUGUUCCAAUCCCUAACAGCAUCCAUCAAGACAAGUGUUCCAACAACAGUGCCUUGGUCAUUUCUGCUGUAAAAAGUGAUGGGAGAGAAGCAGGAGGUGUGGGUGAUGGGGGAGAUCAUGAAGAGAGAAGGCAGAGGGCAGCAUUUGUCCAAGAGUUGGUAGCAUCAACCAUAUUCUAAGGAACACUGGAAGUGAGAGCUCAGAUCCGCACGCAGACAUGUCUAAGGAUGGCCUUGACCCAUCCUCAUACAACAGGUGGGAGGUUCUUGUGUUGGGGCAUGAGUUAGUGAAGGAUCUCAGCUACCAGUCCAACUAUUUUUAUCAUGAUGAUCCCAAAAGUGAAGGGGGUGCCUCCCUUCCAUGUGUAUUUGAUAUAUUAUGUAUCAAGUCGCUCGCAUUUAAAUUAGCUUGUACUUGAUAUAUCUACAACUGUCUUAAAGUAAUAACACAUCAUAUUUUAGUCAACCCACAAUUCGACCCUAAUUUAGUAAUUUAA